AUUGACCAGAGAUCUUCUGAUUAUCCUCACAAUCAGUUGGCGCGUGACCAUGCCGGAGACUGGGCACAGCGGCCGGGCCAGGGGGGCCAGGCUCCUCCUCAGGUGGGCGCUCGUCCUCAGGAGCGGCAUCGCGCUCGGAGUGCCGCUAAUCUACUUUGCAAUCGCAGCUCUAUCGGGCGUGACACAGCAAUCAGAGAGAGCAUUUGCGAGCAGACGCCUUCUAUCCACCUCGCGGCUGGCUGCUGAGGAUGGCACAACUUUUUCACCCUUCAACUGCACUCCGCCUGCCAUACACGACUUUCCCACCGACUUAUUUACCGACGUAGAGAGACGCCAUGGGGCUGCAUUGCUGCACGCGUUUCUCGCCUUUUAUCUGUUUAUUUUGCUUGCGAUCGUGUGCGAUGACUACUUUGUGCCUAGCAUUGAACGUCUAAUCGAAGUUAUCGGCGUAACAGACGACGUUGGUGGAGCCACGUUGAUGGCAGCAGCAACCUCAUCUCCAGAGCUGUUCAUCAACGUGGUCGGCACUUUCGUCACCGAGGGGGACAUUGGCGUCGGGGCAAUCCUCGGCAGCGCUGUCUUUAACAUUUUGGCGGUGCCCGCAUGCUGCGGCAUUGCAGCAUCAAAAGAAAUAAUGCUCGACUGGUGGCCGAUGACCAGAGAUUGCGGUGUGUACGUGUUGGCUGUUGUUGCGUUGAUAGUCUGCCUUGCUGACGAAGUAGUUCAAUGGUACGAAGCUGCGAUUUUAGUCAGCAUGUACGUCGGAUAUAUAGUGUUGAUGGUCUACAAUCGGAGAAUAUCGCAGUGGGCAAGCAGAAAGGUAUUAUUUAAGUGUUGGUCCGCACCGCCUGAAUCGACGCCGUUGCUGCCGCCGCAGGCGAACCAGUCAAAAGUGCAUGUCCAAGGGGUACGCGGUGAGCAGGAGGACUCCUUGUUAGCUUGGCUACACAGCUUAAACCCCAGUGAAACCAAAUACGAGUCCGUCUCCACGCGACAACUGAAUGAAAACAUUAACGACGAAGAGCGUGUCAUAGUUUAUGACGCAGAUGCAAAAGCAGUGCAGCGCGGCUGGUUCGCUUCCUGCUGGCGGGUGUUCACGGCACCAAUUCGCCUCGCCCUCUUCCUCAGCAUCCCCAACCAAGAGUGCUGCCCCCGCCUCUACCCCCUCACUUUUAUCAUGUGCAUUUGCUGGAUCGGCACCAUGACCUACGUCAUCUCCUGGAUGAUCACCGUGGUCGGUGACACGUUGCGAAUACCUGACAGUGUCAUGGGCAUCACAUUCCUGGCGGCGGGCACGAGCGUCCCUGAGGUGGUGUCCAGCGUGAUCGUCACUAGAUCAGGUCACGGAGGAAUGGGCAUCAGCAACUCGCUGGGCUCAAACAUCUUCGACGUGCUGCUUUGCCUGGGCCUGCCGUGGCUGAUCAAGUCGACGAUGCUGGCGACGGCGGUGCCGCUGGUGGGCCCAGCGCGCUCGCGGCAGGAGCUGGAGCGGGCCGUGGUGAUCAACUCUGACGGACUUGAGUACAGCGCCGUCUCGUUGCUGUCCACCACGCUGCUGCUCUACGCCACCUUCAGCUGUUACCACUUCAGACUCAACAGAAGGGUCGGCGCCGCGUGCCUCGCCCUGUACGCACUCUACCUGCUGCUCGCCUCCCUCAUCGAGCUCAACGUCUUCUUCACCGUCAAUUUGCCCAUUUGCGGCAGAUAGUGGCGUACGCCAUAAUGAAAUUCUUCCGGAAAAAUAGACUAGUCAAGUAUUAUUAUUUUUCUAAGAGAGGAAAAUUGUCCUGUGAGAUGUUGAUUGUGUUUUAAUGUUUAUAGAUACUAAUUUUAUAAAUCGACAAAAUAAUUUUUUGUCUGAAAAAUGAUUUUAUCCUAAAAUUAAACUUGUUUAAUCAUUUAUAGAAAUACUGAAAAUGGAUAAUAAAAAAUAAUUUAAAAUUUGUGUAGAAAAAAAACAGCUUCCACAGCAAAAAACAAGUAACGUGCGUGUGGAUUAAUUUUAAAAUUUUGCAUGCUUAUCCUCAAACCGCACAGGAGUUAAACCAAUGGUUAAAUGUAAUUUAUUCUAAUAUCAUAAUAAUGUUUCAAAAAGGCAAAAUAAUUAAUAUCAAAAUAAAAUUGAUUUAAAUGUAAUGGAGACGAAAACCUGAGUAUAUGUGACCAAAUAAUUUGUAACACACACAGUUUCUGUUUUGAAACUUCAUUUUAAAACAAUAUAAUUUUAAUGUCAAAUUUUCACAAAAUCUUAUCCAGCAACAAUAAAUCUAAUU